AUCCGUCGACGCACACUGACUACCUAAUUUAGGAUAAUGUUUAGGAUGCCACACGCGGCAGUUGCAGUUAAGCUUCCAGAAUUUUGGAAGAACGACCCAAGGAUGUGGUUUGCUCAAGCAGAAGCACAGUUUGCUCUCGCGGGUGUGGUACAGGACGAAACAAAAUACUACCACAUCAUCAGCAAGCUCGACCAGACUGUCAUUAUCCAAGUGGCCGACAUCGUGACAGAACCCCCAAAGGAAAACAAAUACCCAGCAGUGAAGGGACGGCUGAUUUCGCGCUACGAAGUUUCGGCCCAAGGAAAGUUGGAGCAGCUGCUGAACUCUUGCGACCUUGGGGACAUGCGGCCAUCUCAUCUCUUGGCCCGUAUGCUGGAACUCGCAGCUGGUUUGAACGUAAACGAAAGUGUGCUGCGGGUGCUGUUUAUCCAGCGAAUGCCAGAACGCGUCAAGACAAUCCUGUCGAUUUGCGAUGGAAACACGCUGCAGCAACUGGCAAACAUGGCAGAUAAAAUCACCGAUUUUUUACCGUCUGUCGUAGCCGCCACAUCUUCCGCAGCUGUACCCGGGCUUAGCGAUCUCCAGGACCAAAUCGCUCAGCUUACUGCUGAGGUACGUCGGAUGAAGACUUCUGACGGACGCAGCCGAUCUUCUUCCCGAAGCCGUCAGUCUGGUGCCCCGGCGGACAGCGUUUGCUGGUACCACAGGAAGUACGGACGUAACGCACAGCAGUGCCGUGAACCGUGCGUCUUCAAGGACUCAAAAAACUAG